CACACAGAUAAAACUAUUGUCUAUUUCUAAUUUGGCUUUUAAGUUUUAACAACACCAUAAACACAACAACAGUUAACGUUUAUAAUGUAAUCGGUUUGACGCAUUGUUUUUUUUUUCUAUCGGAACAUUUAAUUGUAUAAUUAACCAACCAUUAGUUUUUUUUUUUUUUAUAUAAUAACCAACUAUUAUAAUAUACCGUUUCGUUUUGGUUUUUUCCACAGUAGCUUUAUACGUUAACCUCUAGGUAUUGUUUAUCGUAAUCUAUUGAGAAUUUUUUUUUGCUAUAUUUUGUAUUUACCCAAAAGUAUUUUAAUAGCGACUUUACCAUGUCGGUGGCGUGGGAAACUUAUGCUGAACAGUGAAAACCAAACGAACACGAUGGAGUGGCGAGGAUUUGCGUACAUCGGCUUGUGGUACUUGAGCAUAGCCAGCGGAUUUCUCGUACUGUGUUGUCCCAUGACGCCGUUGAUGUUUGCGUGUCCUCAAGUUUUUCGCUACGCCAUUGGCGUCGUACACUCUGCGUGGGAAAUGUAUCCUACUAUCUUGAUGCGGUUACUGUUCAAAACGCGUUUCGUCGUGACCGGCGACCUUAUAAAUCCACUGGACGGCGCACUGUUGAUAAUGAAUCAUCGCAACCGGCUGGAUUGGAAUUUUUUGUGGGCCGGUAUGUACUACGGCACCGAACCGAAAGCGCACAAAUUGAAAAUGGUACUGAAAUCGGCCAUCCGCCACGUUCCGUUCGCCGGCUGGGUGAUGCAGAUGUCGGGAUUCCUGUACAUCCGACGACGUUGGGAUCACGAUCAGAGUUCAAUGGCCGACCAACUGGAGUAUUUCAAAAACGUCAACGACACCAACCAAAUACUGUUGUUCCCGGAAGGGACGGACCUUUCACGUGGCAACGUGGAGCGCAGCGAUAAAUAUGCUGAGCAAAACGGUUUUCCCAAGUACGCGCACGUUCUUCAUCCGAAAACCACGGGUUUUGUGUUUCUCACGGAUAUUAUGAAAAAAAACAAACAAAUCGACGCGGUGUACGACUUAACGAUCGGCUAUCCCGAUUCAAUUCCCCAAAACGAAUUAGACGCUUUGUGCGGCGUCUUUCCUAGAAACGUACACUUUCACAUAAAACGAUACGGCGUAUCCGAAUUGCCAAAAAGUGCAGAGGGUUUGAAAAUUUGGUUGAUGGACGUUUGGCGCCAAAAAGAAACGAGACUAGCCGAUUUCGCGGCUACAUCGUCUUUUGUACGCGAUCCCACAUCUGUAAAUGACAACAACACGCCAACACACAACGCUCUGUAUUUGGCUUUUCUGUUCUGGACACUGAUCGAGUUCAUCGCCGUCUACGGUCUCGUCACGUCGACGUUGUUUCGGUUUUGGUGUUUAUUUUGUUGUGUUGUGUUUGUAGGACUGUCGUUUGUCGACGACGGUUUUCAGAUGUUGGAAGUGAAAUUGUACAACUACACGAGGAACCCAAAGAAGAAGCCGGCAUGAGAAUAUUUAUUGUUUAAGUUUUUUUACAUAGUUCAUAUUUUAAAACCUUGAAAAUAUUUCAACUGUUCUAAUCGGAUUUUUUUACGUCGUCGACGAAUAGCUGCCAAAAACCAAUUAGAUUUAAUUCGAAUAAAAAAUAAUACGUGAUCUUCGAAAUUGAUAUAUAAUAUGUCUGAAGUAUGUUUUUUUCUUUCUUGUCUUGUUAUCGAGAGAGGGUCGUUAUUGUAUUUACCAUGGACGUUUAAUUAUUUUUCCAUUGAAAAUUGUCCACAGAAAAAUAAGCAUCGCUCGUGUAAGGUGGAUAUUAUUAUUCACUUUAAUGAACCUCCCAAUUCAAGCCCAACCAUACAUAGAAAUUGCUAGGGACGAGCAAGAGUAUAUUCUCUACACUGUGGUGUGUUCCCAGGGAUGAUAUUUACAUGACCAAUAAUUAGUUAUAUUCUGCGUCUACAUUUGUUGAUCUUAUUCAUUUUUACGAGUGACAUUCGUUGAUUAACGUAGAUCUUUUAGAUUUAUUGGCAAUUGCUCUACUACAGUUUUACGUUUUGUUUUAUUCUAUUAUUCUCUGAGAACUAGAAAUUAUGACUAUGUAUACUGACGAGUAAAUCAGUAUUGGUAUAUACCACUUUAUAUUCGCAGAGUAGCUAAAAUAACCAAGUAAAUAAGUAAUAACUGUCCUCGGUGACGGACAAAGACUAGAUCAGAGUAAAUUUUCAUUUAAUUAAUAACGAAAGCCAGUAUAUACCAGUGCUAAUAUUCACUUUAAUGCCGUUAAAAGCGCAGUUUUCGCAAUUCAAAAGUUAACACAAUAAAUACUUACCUAUCACUAAAUAAAAACAAUACAAAGAAUAAUUACCGUAUAGAAAAUAUCCGUAAUAACUAAAUUUGUAUACACAAACAUGUUACAUCAGAUGGAUCACCCUGUAAUAAGUGCACAGUGUUUGGACGAAUAUUUUUGAAAAAGAACAAUUGUAAUUUAUUUCGUUAGCUUCGAUUGAUUGGCCAUAGCUAUUACUAGCUAUUUAUUAUGGUAAUUGUUUAUUAUGUUUUUAUUUUUUUGUCUGCACCCACACCCAUUAUCUCCUGGCCGCUGAACCGAUUUAAUUAUGUAGAAACUCGAUAAACGAUAAACUAAUGAUCGUACCUAGAAAGCCGAAUGGUGAGCUUAUUAGCCCAAGACCCUAAUUUAAUCGAAAAGAACCCCCACGAAAUGUAGAAAUACUUCUAUUUAAAAUUGCGGCGCACUAUAUUUUAAAAAAAAAAACUAUCCCAAUUACUUCCAAACUUGUGUAUGAUAUUAUAAUGCUAACAACAUGCGCUGACAAACAUUUUGUUUCCCAGAAGGAAUGGAAUGUAAAGUAAAAUUCAACUCUGUAAUGUCAGAAGAUUUUCCAGUAGAAACUGGUUCUAGACGAGGGGAUGCACCUAUUCUCUUCGACGUUGCCCUGGGGAAUCGGUCAUAAGGAAAGUGCAAAGAGACUCCAUAGGUCUGGAAUAAUUGGAGAACAAAAUAUGGCGAUGGCAGCGUAUGCAAAAAAUAUAAUAAUAAUAAUGGGCGAAACCGAAGAUCGGGUAAGCUAAAGUAAUUCUACUUAAAUUAUAGAAAAAAAUUUGA